ACCGGUUUGGCGCUAGCGACGGGUAGCUAGCUUGGGGUAACGAGACAGAAAGUGGGCUGGCCGAGGAGAGAGUGAGGAGUUAGGGGUGAGAGGACGGGGUCGAGACCGCGACUGUGAGAUAAAGGGACGCGCGAUGGGGACGAGGACCUCUGGAGAGGGAUAGGGGUGGAGCCCGGCUGACAGGAGACAGAAACUGCGGUUAGGUUGGGACGGAGAAGGCAGCACUGUCUUGCUAGGGUGUGGAAAAGGAUCAAGUUGUUGCUAGGGUGUGGAAAAGGAUCAAGUUGAAAUUUGGGAAGGUGCAGUCCAAGGAAGACGGCUGAAGAAAGAGGUGGAUUGGGCUCGGGCUCAGGCCCCGGUCUAGACGUUGGAUGUCGACAGAACAGAGAAUCUAAUUGGAGAGAAGCCCGAGGGUGGAAGGAAUUGUGGGACCGUGGUGGCCAGAAGCCAGACUAAAUAAUCUGAGGCCGUGGGUGGAACCCGGCUCGUGUCCUCCACAUUCGGGGUUUUGCAGUUUUGUUUCAUUCUUCCUAGUGUGUACCCCUAGUAGUUAAAGGGUGAAAUGAGAUAAAACUGGAGAUCGCAGACGUAAAGGAAAUGCCAUGGAGACCCCUCAGCUUUUAAUAUAGUUUGCCUAGUGCUUAGGGGCAUGUGCGGUUUGGUUGCUGUUUUGUUUUGUUUUUCAUUUGUCACUGUUUGUUGCAGAAGGGUAGUUGUCAGUACAUUUUUAUAGGUUGACUAAGCUUGCGAAAGGGGCACAGGAAUAUUGGCACAGCAAUAAAGUGAGUGCAGAUUGAUUUAGCAAGGAAGAGGUUGAAACAGCAAAUGCUGAGGGAAGAGGAAGGUGACAGUAUUCAGAGGAGCCUUCCUGUAUAGGUAGGUUUUCAGAGAUUAUGUCAUUGCCAAGAACAGCCAGGUUCACAAGGCAGGUUCUAGAACAUAGGACGUCAGAGUACGUCUGCUGCUGAGGUGUGCCGAACAGAAUAAAUCCCAGGCAUUACGUCUGGUGAAAAUUGUCCAGUGAGGGAGAACAGAUAAAAACCAAGCCUAAUAUAGAGAAACAGUCACGCCCGGAUUAAAAGCGAUGAGAGGAAGGAAUCAGUAGAGGGAGGAAAAACAGCUUGAGGCAUCAUUAGAUGCACUGUUGAGUCAAGUGGCUGAUCUGAAGAACUCACUGGGGAGUUUCAUUUACAAGCUGGAGAACGAGUAUGACCGGCUGACCUGGCCAUCUGUCCUGGACAGCUUUGCCUUGCUUUCUGGACAGCUGAACACUCUGAACAAGGUCUUGAAGCAUGAAAAGACACCACUGUUCCGCAACCAGGUCAUCAUCCCUCUGGUGUUGUCCCCAGACCGAGAUGAAGAUCUCAUGAGGCAGACUGAAGGACGGGUACCUGUUUUCAGCCACGAGGUGGUCCCUGACCAUCUGAGAACCAAGCCUGACCCUGAGGUUGAAGAGCAAGAGAAGCAGCUCACCACGGAUGCUGCUCGCAUUGGUGCUGAUGCAGCGCAGAAACAGAUCCAGAGCUUGAACAAAAUGUGCUCAAACCUUCUGGAGAAAAUCAGCAAAGAGGAACGAGAAUCAGAGAGUGGAGGUCUCCGGCCGAACAAGCAGACCUUUAACCCAGCAGAUACCAACGCCUUAGUGGCAGCUGUUGCCUUUGGAAAGGGGCUGUCUAACUGGAGGCCUUCAGGCAGCAGUGGUCCUAGCCAGCCAGGCCAGCCGGGAGCUGGAACAGUCCUCGCAGGAGCCUCAGGAUUACAGCAGGUGCAGAUGGCAGGAGCUCCAAAUCAGCAGCAGCCAAUGCUCAGUGGGGUGCAGAUGGCCCAAGCAGGCCAGCCAGGGAAAAUGCCAAGUGGGAUAAAAACCAACAUCAAGUCGGCUUCCAUGCAUCCCUACCAGCGGUGAGUGUGAGUGGCAACCUCCACUCCCAGGUGUUCUUUUCAGAGUUGGGCAGUGAAACUGCCUUUUGCCCAAAGCUGACCUGGAUGGGUACAAUGAAAAGAACACAGGCUUUCGGCCACAGACAGAUCCCAUCUCCACUGCCAACUAGCUGUGGGACCUUGGGCAAGUGACCUACUUUUUCUGAGCCUGUUUUCUGGUUUAUAAAUGAUGAUAAUACCUACCUCAUAGGGUUGUUGUGAGGAUUAAAAUGGGAAAAUGAUGUAAAACACUUAGCACAAUCUAUGAAAUAAUGAGUAUUCAAUAAAUGAGAGUUUCUACAGCCACUUCUCCCCACUGCCCCCUCCUCGGUCCUCGACCCAGAACUUGCCCUGAUCUGAAACUGCUUCAUGUCUGUGGUGAGCUGAUGGACACAAGAUCGUGGACCGCUCAGCUUUGUUUGAAAGCCUGUGUUUAUUUUGUGCUGCCAGAGAUGGUGACAGCUUCUGUGUCCUUAGAGGCCCGCUGCCUCCACAGGCCUUGCUUCCCACAUUCCAGCCUGACCAUCUCUCCAGGCUGCAGGUGACGAGGCCUCCGGGCCGAGACAGACCAUCCACUUACAACUCUGGAGAAGCUUGGGACUGCUCUACUCUCCAUCCUCUCAGAAGCCAGUUCAGCUCUCAUCUGGGAAAUAGUCAGCGUCCCCUAUCCUUUACCCCACCCUGGGCAUAUCAGGGAAGAUGUUGAAGUCCCAGUAGGUGGGGGCUUCCUCAGGAAGUGGCUCUGCCAGGCAGGACUACAUGAGAAAGGGUUUUGUGAGCAAGUAAAAAUGUCCCUUGUUCUCCAGACCUUUUUUUUUUUCUUUCAUAUUUUGGAGGGAAAGGGGACUUGCACCUCACACCGUCUCUCAUCGUGGUUGAGUCAUCCUCAAAGUAUGCCUGGUUCCUGGGCUCAGUUAGCAUGGCUUUUCUCCAGUCCACUGAGCCAGUGGUUCCAAUAAGAGUCAAGUGGAUGGUGGGAGGUGGCAGCCGCCAGCACUUUUGCCUGCUUCUAUAAAGCUGGAGAGGAGAGUGGGCUUGGGUCACCAGCUUAAGCUGCCUUUCUUGGCUCUCCUUUGCAAGCAAGGGCAGGAGUUGAGUCAGCAGAAGUGGACCAAAGGAUUGCUCUGAAUAAAGUUAUUUAAGUUGAUGACCACUGUGUCAGGGUUAUCUGACAGCAGGUAAAUUGAGAGAGCUAUGUGGGGAUUGGAGACUACACGUCAGAGACUUUCAAGGUUGUUGCAAGGCAAUAUUUUAAAAAAUUUUAUUUAUUUGGCUGUGCUGGGUCUUAGUUGCAGCAUGCAGGAUUUUUGGUUGCAGCAGGUGAACUCUUUAAUUGCAGCAUAUCGGAUCUAGUUCCCCAACCAGGGAUCAAACCCAGGCCCCUUACAAUGGGAGCCCAAAGUCUUAACCACUGGACCACCAAGUCCCAAGGCAAUCCUUUUUUCUUCUCCAAUAAAAAGUUUUCUUAGGUUGUUCUUUUUUUUUUUUCUCUUAUCUGUAGGUUUGAUCUAAAAGUCCUGAGAGGUAAUAAGAGGGCCUGCUGAUUCCUCCCAGCUGCCUUUGCUCUGUUCUCUUCUGUCACAUAUUAGCACUUUGGUAUUUGUUCAGUGCCAGGCAGGACUCUGCCAGGCUGUGGCAGCAAAGGACUGGAAAAGUAGUCACAGACGUCACAUCCAUUCCAGUUCCAUCACGACCAGAAAUGUAUCCAUGCAGCUCACUGACCACAGUACGCAGAGCACGAAGAGCCCUGCCGUCAGCUCGGAGGCAGUGUCAAGUGCUUUCCCCACUACAGCAGGGCUGCCUUACCGGUCUGUCAGGCCGCUUGCUUGCUCCUUCUCUUCUCUUCCCUUUGCACUGGAAAUAUCCGAGCUUACUGUCACAUCGGAUAGAAUUCAAGGCGUGCGUCUCCAAAACCCCUGGAGUAUCUUGGUGACCACCCUCCUUUAUUCCACCCAAAGAUUCCUUCCUGUUGAAAGUUUCUUGAAAACUUUUCAAACCUAUUGAAACCAACCCCAAGUGUCUUUGUUGCCUCAGACUAAUAGCAACGUCAUUCCCAAAGUACUAUUUGAAAUGGAUUCCUUGUCCUCCCAGAGUGGAAGUGCCCUCCUGUCCCAAGAGGAGCAUACUCGGGACCCCACCUCCAUCUCGUGCCCUUAUGUCUGUAUUCACUCUGAGAGGACAUGCUCUCGUUCCCAACCUCCCAACCCCAGAUCCUCUGGAGUGUACAAACCUAGCAGCACCACCACCUUUGGGGCUCAUACAGCCCGGCAAGUGUCUCGAGUAUCUCCUAUCCCUAACCCACUCAUCCCCAAAGGUGGGAAUAGAGAGAAUAUAGAGUUUCGAGAAGAGCACAUUGACCUGCUGCUCCCUUGCUCAGAUUUAAGAUAAAAAGAUGGCACUCUUGCUUC